CAUGUUGGACAUGAAAACCCACAGAGAACCACUGAUUGCACGCACACUGUUUUAACAUUUGUGGCAGGGGGUUUAUUUACUUGAAAUAAUCAGACUGCUGAACUUUAAGGUCAGUGUGUUGGAACCACGCAGCUCUUGCUAGUGUUGUAAUUUGGCGGCAGGGGGUACAGGGAGCAGAUGGCACUGACAGACUGUAACUUACCCAGCAGAGAGGGGAGGUCAGUUCAUGCUGGGAAAGACCACAGAGACAAAGGGAGAGAGGGAGGCUUAUAUGCUCAAGGAGCAUUGUUACCUCAUGGGAAAUGUAUAAUUCAGGUCCAAGUCGUGACUGAAAUGCAUACAGGAAAUAAUUACAGGUAAGCUGGUAAAAUGCAGGUUGUGUUGGUGAGGCACUCGCUGACCGCUGCCCUCUGACCUUGGCUUGUACAGCACGCUGGCUUCAGUUUGGUUUCCAGAGUGCUCACCACACACAGUCACCUUGGCAAUGACAGUCAGUCUUUCCAAGACUAUGACAUCACUCUAAAGAAAAGGAGAUGAGGAGGAGGAAGAUGAUGUGAAAGGAGUGGGGGUUUGGGGGGGCAUCUCAGGCUCUACAAAACCGCUGCAGCAUCCCAGCUGAUGCCCCAGCAUCCAGCCUCUGCCAAGGGAACAGACGCAAGAGGAAGAGAAUCACCCUCCCAAUUCCAUCACGGAGCAAAAGCAAGGAGGAGGAGCCAGUCAAGUGAGAAACUGAUGCUCCCAGCAGGUGCCAACAAGUGAGAGGAAGCUGAGAGACUGAGAAGGUGGGAGAUGGAGAAGAGUCUGUGAGAAAAGAAGACACCCAGAGCUUAGAGAGAGAAAACAAACUAUAGCCAGAGUAUUUCCAGUUUUCCUGCCCCUUUGUCUCUGCUGCCAUGCUGUGUCCUGCAUUGCUUUGUGCCACCCUGCUCCUCCUGACUCCCUUCAAGAUCACAGAGGCUCGCGCUCUGCAUCCUUCUCCAGAUGCUGUGCAGUUUAUGGAGCAGUUUCUGGAGCGCUAUAAUGACCUGCUGACUCUGGAUGAUCUGGAGAACCUGUUGAACAGCCAACCAGAGGAGCAGUCCACCGUCUCCUCAGGGGUUAAGGCGGCCGAGUACCCCAAAUGGGCUGAUGUCCAGACACAGGCUGAGACCCCUUGGCUCCGGCUGCUGAAGGGGGCUUUGGCCAAUCAGAAGCGAGCAGAACCGGACCGGUCUAGGAGGGGAUGGAACCGAGGAUGCUUUGGCCUGAAACUGGAUCGGAUCGGAUCCAUGAGUGGACUGGGUUGUUAGUGGAGGGAAAGUGAGGAAAAGAGGAAAGGACAGACUGGUAAGAUCCUCCUUAGAAUAUAAGGAAAAACAGGCAACAGCAUCCACCUGCAGAGAACAUGUAGACAAUAAUGUAAUGUGUUGUAAACUUGUGUUGCUAAUGUGGUUUCAUCCAGCAUAGAUUAGAUGCUUUAUUCCAUGUGUAUGUACUGAAGUGAACAUAUGAGGUUAUUUCCAUCAAAUUAUCAACCAGGAUUUUUGGGCUUGUUUCUUAAGUAAUUCUGUGUUUCUUGCUUUGUCUGCGUGUGCAGUAAAUGUAGAGAUGUUCUCACAUUUUGUGGUCAGGGAUUGUGUUUAAAAGCAUCCGUAAUGGACGUGGAUAUCCAAAGAUGAUGGCACCUAUAAUCCCUGCAGCUUAUUUUUAUGUUCACUUAUGAUUUGCAUGAAUAAAUGGAUUUGACAUUU